AUGGUCUACAUGGAGUUGGAGGGAUUCCCGGCCAUUCGCUACGUGGCUCUCCUUCUGGAGGUCAUUUCAAAGACAUUGGAGCACAAGCUCCUGAAGGACAGAGAAUUGGAGCGAGAGACCUACGAAGCAGCCUUCAAUGAAGGUGACGGCUUGCUUGUCGUUCUUCCUCUACUGCAGGCUCUGCCUCAGGUCGCCGAGCAUGCCUUGUCGUGCUUGUCGACGAUUUCACAGACAUACCUUGAAAAUGUCGAGAAGAUGGUCCGCCUGGGGGCGCUGGAGGCUCUGAUGUCAGUGCCUUCGCCAAAAUCACAGCCAGUUCCUUCUCAUAUCGAAGCGAGCCUCGCUGUGCCGGCAGCACGAAGAUCUGCAAGCAAAUUGCUUAUGCAGUGUACCGCUGCACAGGGCUUCAUGGAUGUCCUCCAAGCGAAUGCCGAGCGAUUUGUGAAGGAGCUUGUGAAAUUGGGCAUUCAACUGUGGAUGGAUGGAGCGGCAAGUGCCGAGUCAUUCCAGGACAUCAUCCAUGUGUUUCAUGCGAUAUCGCUGCAAAAGCCUGACAUCUUGAGCACGAACUUGCGAGAGGCACCGAUGUUGCAGCUGCUUCUGCGGCUGGAGAAGGCGAAUGUUCCGGCAACACCAUUGGCUGCCGACAUAUUGAAAACACUGCGGAAAGACCGAAGCUUCAAAAGGGCAUUCGCUCCGGUUAAGAAGCUCUACGAAGAGGGAUACGAUCCAGAGCUGGAGCUCAAGCUUCGGCAACACACUUCCAUGCAGAUGACGGGUCAGGUGAAUUGA